AUGUCAACACUCGAAGAGCUCAAAGUACUACGCAAAAAGUUGUCUGACGCGCUCAAACGCAGCCAGGAUGAAGCCAAGACGCAAAAAAUCAAAGAAAACCUUGCCAAGGUGUACAAGAACAUGGCGUCCAAGGUGGCACCUACAGACUUCACCAAAGCCAUUGAAUACUCCAAGUACGUCAUUGAUCUGAUGCCGACACAAAGCCCAGGGUACCUGACAAUAGGCAAAAUUUUGCAGGAGAACAACAAGGAUGACGCUGCUUUGAAGAUGUACCAGAUAGGGCUCAAACGGUGUCCUGAGGACGACAAGUUGAGACAUGUUCUCAAGAGUCAGAUGGAAGUGGUUCAGAGGAGAUUGGAUAGCAGUUUUAAGCAGGAGAAACCGACACAGACGACCCAGAGGACUUCAAAAUCGUCACUGACGGAAACAGGGAGUCUUACCGAAGUAACGCCAAAGACAUGCAUAGAUCCUAUGACCACUUUACCUGCAGAGGUGGUGGAAAACAUCUUCACGCAUGUGCCGUUCCGCACCGUUGUGAGAAGCAUGCGUGUAUCUAAGACAUGGCAGACGACCAUCGAGAGCAUGCGUCAUGUUUGGAACAGCCGGAUCAACUUCUCUGCUGCUCCCAAGGACCGUCCUGUGUCCGUCAAGGCUAUGGAACGGUACUUCAAGCUGGCCACCAAGGCAUCCCCCACAACUGACUUGGACGAGCUCAAACACGCCAAAAACAACAUCCGUGUCAUUAACUUACUAGGCAUGCAUUCAAAGUCGCAGGAGUACGCCAUCAAUCAAUGGCUGGGGGCUUUCUGGUUCUCCAUCGAAAGGAUUAAUUUAUCUUUGGACGGGAUCAACACCAUCAAAUUUGCAUCUCACCUGAAGAAGCGAGCUGAAUUGAUUCCUGAACACCGAGCUUCGCCAUCGGAUACCAUCACACAUCUCAAGCUGUUCUCAAGCUCUACCAAUGUAGAUGCUCUUGUCAGAAACAUCAUCACGUGUAUGCCUAAACUUAUAUCCUUGGAAGUUAUCAACAAUCACAACCAGAAAACGCUCAACGUGGUCACCCCAGAGCCCUUCAAGGCUCCUCUCCCACUUUCCCAUCUGAGAGUAGAAGAUAAUACCAUUCCUCCUCGACUAGGGGCAACCUUUGCUCCUAACGCAUACAAAGAGAUCGCCAGCAUCGUCGAACACUGUUCAGACACACUGACAGGUCUAUCACUGUCGGCCAUUCCUAUCGAAUACACAAGGCCGUUAUCAAAGCUGACACAUCUGGAAUUGGCAACAAGUAACCAUCUGAUGGAGAUCCGCUACCUUCCCAACUUCAUGGCCAAGCUGCAACACGUGAAGCUUGACAACCAUCAUACCCCGCAUUUCCUUAACUCGUUGAACAAAUCAACAUCCCUGCAUCAGCUAAAAUCUCUGCAUUUGGACCUCCUUGGACCUCUGAAGCUUGGAUCUACCCUUGUUCCUUCCCGAGUCCAUGAUCUGUUCAACCUGUCUCUACCCAGUCUCGAAACACUGAGCUUUACAAACUACAUGUCUAACAUUGUUCCUGGCUGGUUUGAGCUGCUCACAGACCGUCUACCCACCCUCGUUCACCUUGAUCUGACAAACUGCAAGCUUGGAGACAUUGAGAUGAACGCUCUCACCAAAAGGAACAAGCUAACCAACCUGGAGUUCAUUGGAUUGAAAGAUACACAGGUGACUGGACCUUCUUUAAUUGCUCUGGCUAAACGCAAAGUCGGUAUGGACGUCACUGGCCUGGAUAUGCGAACAGACACUUUCAGGUGGUUGGCUUAUGAGAGUGGAGUCACUGUGAAGAACGACCAGAAGUAG